AUGCCUGCGUCCAAAAGUCGAGCGACGACGAGGCCCCAGGGCCAGGUGGCAUGCUUACCCUGCCGACGCAGAAAGUCAAGAUGCAAGUACGAGCCAAGCUCGCAGGCGUGCCUCAUGUGCCGCGCCCACGAGACAGACUGCAUCACUGAUUCGCCGCUGUCGACGGGAGGCGAGCAACCGCUACUGCGUCCGCGGACCUCCCCAGAACAUCGGGUCACCCCCGCGAGGGCCCGUGCCGUUGCAUCGUCCAGGACAAACAGCCGUGAUAGCAACGGCGGCAGCAACAGGCCACGGAACACCCGCCAGCCGAGGCCCCCGCAGCCGGGAAACAGCAUCCUCCUGCAGACACCUCCACGCACUGCGCCGCCCACUGACCGGGUUCACGCUGCGACGACCUUGCCGGUCGUCUCUCCGGCCAAUGACGGCUCUGUUCCCAUCAAUAUCGGCAAUCCUGAGCUUUCCUCCGUCGUCGUCGCCGACGUCGCCCGGCCUGUGCCGUUGGACGAAGCCGAGGAUGACAACCCUCACAUUGUUGGCCCGGCCAGCGCCAGUGACAAGCACUUCCUGCAGGGUUACCUGUCGAGUAUCCAGGCUGGAGAUGGGGUGAGGGUAAUUCGACCUGUUCUGCCCGGCAUCACCUCUGCCCCCGUCGUCUUCACACGCGUACAGAAGAGCCCCGUAGGCCUGGAUAAGAGUCCCAACCCGUCCCAUGCAAAGUUGCAGAUCAUCGAGAAGCUCAUCGAGCCGUGGAAGCAGAAUGUUGUCAACAUGUACUUUGUCAAAACCAACAGCUGCUUUCCCAUCCUCAAUGAUACCUUCCUCAAGGAACGUGACGCUAUGACCAAGAACCGGAUAUCCCCAGCUGUGCUGGCAUGCUUGUACGCGCACUCGCUCAUAUACUGGCCGCACGACCCUGUGCUCACGCAGCAUCGCCAGCCUGACGGGCGUUUCAUCUGGAAUCUAGCCCUUGAGGCGCUGUACUCGGAACUGCACCUAUCGCCUGGCAUGCCUUCCAUUAUCGCUAUCCUGUUGAAUGUGGGCGGUCGCCCGACAACCACCAUGAUUGGCAAUGGGAUGCUCCUCGGUUGCGCCAUAUCUCUAGCACAUUGCCUCGGGUUGAACAGAGACCCCAUGCAGUGGGAUAUCCCCUACCAGGAGAAGACGCUUAGGAUGCAGAUCUGGUGGUGCCUCGUCAUACAUGAUAGAUGGUCGAGCUUCAUGUACGGUACACCGCCUCAUUCCCACAAUGAUGUCCCCGUGCCGAAGAGCAAUAGCACGGCAGGAGGAGGUGGUGCGGAAGAGAGAUUCAGGGUAUUUGAAGCACUGUCGAGCUUGACUGAAGUUCUCGGGGUCUAUCUCGAGGACCUGUAUUCGAUCCGGGGCAAGUCGCGGGACAGCAGCGGUCGGACUGUGCCCGCCCGGCUUGAUAUUGACGCUUGGCGAGACACGCUUUCCGGUCACGUCCGGACCCUCAUAAUCCGCGGGACGAACCUCGACAUACCGGGCGCAGCUAAUCUGCGCAUGUGCUUCCUGGCCGCGAGGUUCAUCAGCUGCCGCCUAGAGCUCAACGCAGAUGUAGAGGGGACGGGUCCCGGACAGCCCCCCAGUGGCCGACUACUUCACGCCCGAAGGCUGGUGGAAGACAUCGUUCUUUUCGUGCGUGAGCUCGGUGAAGAGCAGCUCGGUGACUUCUGGCUGCCUCAGACGGCUUUCGUCCUGUCCUCAACCGUAACAUUUCUGAUCCGCCUCGCGGUGCAGGCAGAGAUCCCCACCACUGGGGCUUCGCAGAGCCUGUCGCUGUCGUUGGCCAAGGACCUGGUGGCAUCGCUGAGGUCACACAAGGAGAGAUACGACUGGGAGCUUGGGGACAUCUGCCUCUCCCAGUACGGCCAUGUGGUAGACAACCUGGCCGCCCAGCUGACAAUCACCGAUGAUGGGUAUCUGGACCCGACAAGGCUCGGGCCCGAAGCUGGGAUCCCCAACUUCUUGGACUCCAUCAUAGCCGACCAGUGGGACCCUCUACUCUGGGGGCAGAUGUCAUGA